ACGCAAACAAGUUUCACUUCUUGCAUCUUUAAGUAAAGUAUUUUUCCGUGCUGCAAGAGUAAAAAUGCCAAGAUCACGCAGCCGUGACCGUCGAAGAUCUCGGGACAGAAGAAGUCGUUCAAGAGACUUCAAACGAAGAGACAGGAGCCUUAGUCGUGAUAGACAUCACAAAAAAGACAGACAUGAGACAACAAGAUAUGAAAAACGUGAUCGUGAUAGAUCACAAGAGCGUCGACGUCGUGAUAGAUCAACAGAUCGACAUCGUGAUAGAUCCUCAGAUCGGCAUCAGAGACAAAGAGAUAGGUCAAGAGAUCGUGCAAAAAAUCAUACUCGCCGUCAUGAUCGUGAAAGAUCUCGUAGCCAUUCGAAAAAGAAUCGCAGAAGCUUGAGUCCGCACAUUAAAAACUUCACACCAAAGUCUGCACCAAUAAUACAACAUUCCGCGUCUCAAGUAAAUUCAAAGAGUCAUUCAAUUCAAGUGCCAAAUGAUGAAAACACCAACAGCAGCAGUGAACAGUCAACAACUCAACACUUUGAUCCUCGAAAUGCUUUUGAAAUUUCCAAUGAAUUUUCACGUGAAGGAUUUGAACAAUUUACUCGUGAUCAUGGAAUUGAUUUCAGCAAUAUUGAGACAGAUGAUGAUCGUGUUGUUGUGCAUGAAAAGAUGGAAGAACUCUUGAAAGCUCACUUCGCAGCACAAGGAAAAGUUUAUCCGCCGCCAAAAGUUGAAAAGCCAGCAAUAAAUGCUGCUACAGGUUUUGCUAAUGACGGCUCGUUCAUGGAACAAUUUAAGAAAAUGCAAGAAGACUACAAACUCCAACUUGAAGCUGAAAAGAAAAGAAAAGCUGCUGAAGAACGACUUAAGAGUCUUCCGAUUCGUCGUCGUUUUGGAGGAAAAAUUCUAAAAACAGGAAUCGUUGCUAAAACGAAACUGAAUGAAGAUGGAUCCGAAGUGCCAUCAGCUGACCCUUGGUCGGUUUAUCUCAAGGAAGUUCAGAAAUAUAAGAACUCUUCAUGCGAUUCUGACUCAAAAACCCGUCCUCUUGUGAAAUAAACAAAUUAAAAUUCGCGUGCUCUUAUCAUUUCCCAAAUUAUAAAAUUAUUUCUUAGCAUGCUCAAUUUUUCUUUCUUUAAAAUAAUUUGUUGAAUAUCUUAUUGAAUUUAAUACUUCGAGAAUCACAACACACACAAAAUCAUUCUUUGUCAAUUUUAUUCUAGAAACAGUUUUAACAGUCGUCAGAACAUUGCUAACAAUAUACUUACAAAAUGGCACCGAAAGCAGUAGAAACUGAGAUUGAAUUGAAGACAGCACCCUUCGAUCCACGGUUCCCAAACACUAACCAAACUCGCUACUGCUACCAGAGUUAUCUCGACUUUCACCGUUGCCAGAAGGUAAAGGGAGAAGGUGCCGAAGUGUGCCAGUAUUUCCUUCGUGUCUACAGAUCCAUGUGCCCAAAUGCAUGGGUUGAAAAAUGGGACACUCAACGUGAAGAAGGAACGUUCCCUGGACGAAUCUAAAUAAAAAACUAUUAAACCAACAGUUGGAUAUAAAACCAGACAUUAAAAUUCAAUUUAGUUCCAAACGCAGAGAUGUAAGAAGAGUUUGAAAUAAAUAAGCAAAAAAAAUCACAUUUAAAAAA